AUGGCAGCUGAGAAGGGAGUUGUAUGUGUAACAGGUGCAGGAGGGUUCAUUGGCUCGUGGGUCGUCAAGCUUCUUCUCUCUCACAACUAUGUUGUCCAUGCAACCGCUAGACAUCUCGGAGAUGCAAAAUAUGCUCAUUUCAGUACAUUUGAGAAUGCAUCCAAAAACCUGAGACUGUUCAAGGCAGACUUACUGGAUUAUAGCUCAAUACGUUCAGCAGUUGAAGGUUGCAUUGGAGUAUUCCAUGUUUCUAGUCCAGCAGUGCCUUCAACGACAGUAACAAACCCUGAGGUGGAAUUGAUUGAAACUGCUGUAAAGGGCACACUUAAUGUACUGAAAGCAUGUGUUGAAGCAAAAGUUAAACGGAUUGUUUUUGUGUCCUCUAUUGCUACUUUGCUGAUGAAUCCAAGCUGGCCCAAGGGUCAAGUGAUGGAUGAAACUUCUUGGUCCGACAAGGAAUAUUUUAGAACCACAAAGAGCUGGUAUCAGCUUUCUAAAAUAGAAGCAGAAAGUGAGGCAUUGAAUUUUGCAAAAAGAAGUGGGCUUGAUGUUGUAACUGUAUGUCCUUCCCUAGUUUUGGGGCCGAUUCUGCAGCCUACAGUAAAUUCAAGUAGCUUAAUUAUCAUUAGACUUCUGAAAGGUGGGAAUGAAUCAAUAGAAAACAAGCUUUCAAUGCUUGUAGACGUACGUGAUGUUGCUGAGGCACUACUUCUGGCCUUUGAAAAGCCUGAGGCUGAAGGACGAUACAUAUGCUUAGCACACAUGAUCAAUGCAAAGGAUUUAGUCGAUUUGCUGAAGAGUAUACACCCCAACUAUAACUAUCCUAAGAACUUUACCCAGGUGCAGGACGAAAAGAGGCUGAGUUCUAAGAAAUUGCAGAGGUUGGGUUGGAGUUACCGGCAAUUGAAGGAAACUCUCACUGAUGCCAUUGAAAGCUACCGUAACGCUGGAAUUGUUGAUUGA